UCGGUUAUUCAUUAGUCAUUCGUCGACGGCCGACCGAGCGAGCAGCGCAUCAUCCGAGUCUGUUUUUGUGCAACUGCGAGUAUGUGAAAUGUGCUCGAAAUGCGUCUAACGUUUUUGACAUUACUACUAUUACUAGGUUUGUUUGGUGUGUGCGUGACAUACGACAUGAUCGUUGGGGAUACUGUGCACCGCAAGAUGGUGUUCCACCAAAGGGUUAAGGAGUUUGCGAUACCGUUCAAGAAGAGGAUUCGGACUUUAUCGUAUACGGACCCCGAGAAAAGGAUAAUCAAAGGUAUCGCAGCCAUAGACAACGAUUUCUCACAUGCCAGCGCCAAUAUUACGGAAGGCGGAGUAGGGAAGAACUUCGUCACAGUAAGAAUGAAGAGUCAGAGGCACCAUCCACUCAAUUUCGAAGUUGAAAUAUAUGUGUAGUACCUACUUAGGUAACUAACAUAUAGGUAUAGAAAGACUUAAUUAUACUCGAUUGAUUAGACAAACAAAAUGGUCAGCUGAAAGUAAAGGUGAAGGUUCUUCUGGUUAGUUAUUAAGUAGGUACCUAUGUUAUCGGCUGAAAUGGGACAUUAAAUAAAAUAAAGAUAAAAUGCUUUAGUAAAAAAAUAUAUUGCCCUACCUACUAGAAAGUCUUAACAUUGUAACCUUUGUGUAGAAAACAUCUGAUAAGUUUCCAAAAAGGGCACAAUAGCUAAGUAAGCUGCCAAGUUAUUGCAGUGACAAUGAAUAAAACCUUGACGUAAACGCCCGGUCGUGUGAGUUGAGGCCAUCGAAUAUAAAGUUAUUGCAUGAUAAUAACCAAAUUUAUAUUUGUUGUUAUUGUAAAUAAUCCUCAAUACUAUUUAAUGUAGGUAAUGUGUAUUAAAUAAAAUAACGUUGUAAUACGAUUGUCCAUGAUUGACUAAACCAUUUCCAUGAUUGUAAAUAAAAAUGUAUAAUUAGGUUUUAAGCUAUAUGUGAUAAGUGUAAUAUAUAAAGUUUAAAACACCAAAUUUACCUAUUAUCAUUAAAUAUUGACUUUAUCAAUUUUCUUGUAGCCAAUAAGUCAGUACGUAUUUUAUUUAAUUUAGAUACAAACUACAUAGACAGUUAUGAAUAACGUUAAUUAAAUAAUUAAUUUACUUGGACUGAUAUCAACAAACCUUUACGACUUUAGUUAGGACAUUACAUACUAUAAAGUCUAUAAACAUAUGCCUUCAUUAUAUGCCUUAUAGAUACAAUAGGUAUGUUCAAUCACGGAAACAAAAUUUUCAAAAUGUCCAUUUAAUGGUUUCCAUUUAAAGAGAUUCUAUAAGUUCAAUUAUUGAGUCGUUUUGUUUUUUUUCCAUUUGUUCAUUUUGAAUCUUAUUUCAAUUACCAUAGGAGUUGUAAUACAAUAACCGGUUAAAGUGACCGGACCCUUUUUUUGCAGGUAGUGGCACGUGCAGUUUUAGUUAAUAAUAGACAAAAGAUUAGCCGCUCGGGGCCAGCUUCAUAUCGAACGACUAUAUUACCCAUUUAUCUAGGUCUCAAUUACCUAAAUAUAUUUUUUUACAUUGUUUUACUGCGAAUUACCCAUUUUUCACACUUGUAUCGUAAUUAACUACAGUAACCGUGUUAUUAAAUUGAGACCUGUUGUUUUUCAGUACAUAUGGCCCUUUACAUUUUUAACAUAGUCACGUAAUGUACAGAUUGUCGCACUAGUGCGGUAAAGGCUACUUUGCCAUAUGUACUGCGUAAUCUAUAAAUAUAUAACUUUUAUACCGACUAUUCUGUUAUCACAUAAGUACUCGUAUACAUGUAAACGCGAAACUCAAACUGUGAAUGACGUAAGUUAGUAGGUUUGGUUUUAACCCUACAGUACGGAUCUAUUAUUACAUAUUUAUGAUAUGAAUCUCUUAUUGUUAAGGUAAUGUUAGGUCGAUUAAUAUUACAAUAAGGCAUUGUACUCGUAAGUGAAUAAACAUUUAUGAUACCUUU